AUUCAUUCCGCACCGAAUCACCAUUAGUUUUUCUUUUUCCAUUUCCUUCGUCGUUUCUCAUCCUCAUCCUUUCUUCGUCUUCUUCACAACAACAAACCCUCACACCACACCCUAAAGCUCCCUCACCUCAACCUCCUCUCUCUCCCUCUCUCUCUUCAUUUUUUUUAGCUUUUGCGGAUGGCGUCGAAGAGGAUCUUGAAGGAACUCAAGGAUUUGCAGAAGGAUCCUCCUACAUCAUGUAGCGCUGGUCCAGUUGCCGAAGACAUGUUUCAUUGGCAAGCUACCAUAAUGGGUCCUCCAGAUAGUCCUUAUGCUGGGGGCGUCUUCCUUGUCACCAUUCAUUUUCCUCCGGAUUAUCCUUUUAAGCCUCCGAAGGUGGCAUUUAGAACAAAGGUUUUCCACCCAAAUAUCAACAGCAAUGGUAGCAUUUGCCUUGACAUCUUGAAAGAGCAGUGGAGCCCUGCCCUAACUAUUUCCAAGGUCCUACUUUCAAUCUGUUCACUGUUGACGGAUCCAAAUCCGGAUGACCCCCUCGUGCCUGAGAUUGCUCACAUGUACAAGACUGACCGGAACAAAUAUGAGACAACUGCUAGGAGCUGGACACAGAAGUACGCCAUGGGCUAAGCGAUGGUGACUUUAAUGAUAAUGCAUUUAGAUUGUCCCAAUUUUUAUGCUCUCACUGUCUGUUCUAUAUAUGAAUGAAUCCUUUAUCUCUCGGUCUGUUGCAACCAUCGUAUGCUGAUGCUUGAGCAAAGAAAGGUCGUUAACAUUUCCCCUUUCAUUCCAAUUGGAAAAUAUUUUCUUAUUUGGUUGUGUGGAUUAAUAUAAUACAAUAUAUAGGACACUGAAAUGUA